GUGGCAUGGUUGGAUACCCUCGACGAAAAGGAUAUCAUGGCGGAAGGUAUAAAGGAGUGGAAACAAAUCAAGUUAAAGGACUCCGUUCGGGAGCCGGAAAUGGAGUCCGCAACUGAAGGCGCUGUCGCAUUGUUGCCACUGGAUGAGGCGUAUUUUCAACAGCCUUGUGUCGAUACCUCUUUGCCACACUCUGACCAUCGAUUCACUCAUGGAUGUGACAACUCAAAACAGUACGACCCAAAUGCUGCCGUGGCGUCUUCAUCUGGACCACUGCGUAACUUUCUGUGUUCCUACAGUGAUUGCAAUGGAGCGGAGAGCAUCAAAAUCGUUUGCCCUUAUUGCGAACGGAACUAUUGCCUGAAACAUCGUCAUGCUGAUGAACACUGCUGUGAGAAUCGUCCCGAAAAAGUUGAGAAACCUCGGCCUCAACUUGUUCCAGCCCUUACAGCUCCCACAACUUCUGUUGAGAAACCGGUCAAAAAGGCAAAACCAGUUACGAAAAUAAGUGAAGCAGAUCGUAAGAAAAUGGAUAAAAUUCUGAUAAUGAAGCUGAAAAUGAAUGCAAAGGCGACGGCUGAUGUUCCAGCUGAAGAACGGAUGUUUUUGUUUGUAGAUGGAGAUGAUCUCAGUGAGCGAAAAGCUGUCGUCGUUAGCAAGAAAUGGACGGUAGGUCGCUGUGCAUCGAACAUUGCAAAGAUGUUAUCCUUGGAUGAGCUCAAGACGCUUCACGUCUUCCUUGAAGGAUCAGAGAAGCCGUUAGACUAUGCCGAUACGGUGUCAGAACACCUGAAUGAUAUGGAUACAAUUAUUGUUCAACUCGUCUAA